CUGAACCAGAGCACGUUUUGCAUAGCAGUAUAUCAUUGCUUUACAACCACCACAAGGUUUAUUUCCGAUAUUUUUCUCAAUCAAAGACAGCCUAAGAGGUUUCUCUAUAACUUCCUCAGGCACAGACUUGUCAUAGCAAAAAAGAGAUUCAAGACUGCUUAUUCCUGCUCCCUACUUCAUUUGAAACUGCCAGAAUUCAAUUUCCUUUAUGUUAUCCACCGAUAAUACGCUUUCAUACAAAAACAGAGCUUAUAGUGAAAACGGAUCUGAGAGUGAAAUCUACGUGAAACGACACCAUGUUUCCAACAAGCAUGUUGUGAGCUGCAGAGCUGGAGUGAAUGAGAAGCCUUCAUGUUUAAACUUAUUCGGCCCUUAUGCAAACACAGUUCGCAGUGUGAUUCACGUACAAUCCCAAUUCCCUAGUCCGUACACCAUGAUGAGGAGCCAUCUCUUCUGUUCUCACUUUCUCCGAAGUGUUCUUCUGGCUGUGCUUUUGGCAACACCAUCUUAUAGCGAGGAGGUAAAGAAAUAUUGUUUGGCAAAACCAACUGCCCCACCCAAAGCGUUGCAAGAAUUUAUAGAUACUAAUUGUGGAGAUUACGGUUGUAGUCAAAUUCACCCGGGCGGACCAUGCUAUCAACCAAACACCUUAACACAACAUGCAUCUUUUGUUCUUGACCUAAUUUACGCGUUGAGUCACGUGUGCAAUACAACAAUUGGUCAUUUGACAACCGACGAUCCAUCUACUCCGGAUUGCUGUUAUCCGGGUUAUUCGGUUCAGCUGUCCAGUGGAGGAUCUAGAAGAAUAAACGUUAUGUGGGAUUAUAUUAUUUUUAGCAUCCUGGUAGCAUCGUGAUAAUGUGAUAUGUCAAAUUAUUAAGAGCAAACGUGAAAAUAUUAUCCAGAUAAAUUCCUUAUGUAUGAUUUUCUUUUCAUGAAGAGGCUUUCGUAAUGUGGUACUUUGAAGUA